GGAACAGGCUUCCCAGCGACAGGAUUUGCGUCUUUUUUAGUCUCCAAAAUAAACUCAGUACCUUUUCUUCCCUCAUCCCCAUCAGUCUAGCGAGAGGGUCGACCCUGCCGUGCAUCCUCCCCUACCCCCACCAGUGGCCUGUGUGAUCGAGGGAGAAAUGCAGCUUCCACCUUUCCUUGUCCUGACGCCUCAAUUCAGUUUCUCUCCCCACCUCUGCCACUAGCUCUGAGGUCCCUCUCCCAUUCUAGCUCUGUCCUCUGACUGACAGGCUUACUGCCUGUGUCAGUGUGAGUAAGCGUGCACUGGGUGAGAGCCAAGAAACAAGUGAAAUGGUCUCAUUUCCCCCACACACCCACACCCUUCAGAUCUCUCUAGCAUGCUCCAUUUCACCAGCUGUCUCCAACAUAGAAAUGGCUGGGAGCAGUGAAAAAAGAACGGAGUGCCAGAUCCAAGAAAGGUGAGGUUUAGGAGAGAUAGAGAAGGACUGGGCCAGGAAGGUUGCUCAUAUCCCAGCCCUCGCUAGGAAAUUCUCUUCACUCCAGCCCAAACCUUGGCCCUUCCCCCUUCUAUCACUACCACUAUCCCAGUCUUCUGACACUCCCAGAGAAGACAAACCCAGAAAGGACAGAAGAACAGUGGUGCCCUCUCCUCCAGCUUGUCAGCCCACUCAAGCAGAACCAUUCCUGACACAAAGGAAGUGUCUUUCUACUCCCAGUAACCGGAGAAUGAUGGCAGGUCAUCUGAGGCUGGAAGCCGCAAGGCUUGCGUAUGUGCUGGGGAAGGGGCUGGGUAUCUCUGAAGCAGGAUAAACUAAGGGGACUGAUGGGUGAGGAGUUAGUGUAGCUCAGGCCAGAAAGGGACAGGACAAGUGAGGCCCCAUUUUAUCUUAACAGUCCAGGCAGGGUAGGACCCCCAUUGUGCAGAUGGGAAGACUAGGGGACAGAGAGAAGCUGACAUGCCCAAGGAGCCAAACUAGGACCACAAGCAGUUCUCCUGACUCUGAGUGUCUCCAUUCCCUUCUCCUCAACAAUAUCUACCUGUGUGGGUCUAGAACGGAACCCAGUCCCAGCUUUGGGUGGCUGUCCCGGCUCCACGGUCCUCAUCAUACCGGACCAAAAGGAUAGGAGAAAGCAGGGAUCCAUGAGAACCAUAGACCUAAAUGUGGGGCUCUUGGUGUCUGGCGUGACUUUGGGAGGUGCUGCUGCCCAGUUCCCAGGUGGUAGGAGAUGAGAACUGAGGAGGCAGUAGAAAAUUCAAGACCACUGCCCACACAUAGAAGCUCACAAUGAGCCUUCAUCUCUGCAGUCUCAGAAGAGCUCCCCAUCAAACAGCUGGAAGCAACCAGGCCAGGACCCACCAGCCCGAGGAUGACCAGUGGGGCCCAGGAAUGCCCAGCAAUGCAGGAGCGUCCAGAUAUCUUCCCCGCCUCAGUUUCCCCUUCUGUAGAGGGAGGACAAGGAGCUGGUCACAUUGGUGUCCAGAAUCAGCAAGGUUGUCAGGGGAAGAUGCCCGCAUCCGAAGACACCACCAGAGAAUGUUCAUCGGCAGCCUGCCGCUCAGGGCUGCCCCCUCCCCUUCCCGCUCUCCUUCUUCUCCCCCUCCCCUGCGCUGCUUCUGGGCCCCCGCCCCCGCCCCGCCUCCGGUGUGUGAUGGGGGGCGGGCGGCGGGCUGAGCGGAGAGGAGCGAAGCCGAGCGGACGCCGCCACCUGAUCCCAUCCAGGCGCGGAGAGGGGAGCGACGGGCACUCGUGCGCAGGGCCCCGGCGCCCUCAGACCCGCAGCAGAUUUCAGGACAAGGGUUGGGAGGUAGUGGCGACCACCGGCCAGCGGGUUCGCAGGCAGAGCCCGCGGCCUCUCAGGAACACUGGCCCUGCUACCAGAGCCUCAGGAGCCCCCAUGAGUGCCGGCAAAGGGAGUCCUGGAUAGCGAGAUCGUGGCUGGUCCAGGGGUGGGUACCCCAUCAUGCCACCCAUCCUCCAGCGCCUGCAGCAGGCCACCAAGAUGAGCCGCAGGAAAAUCCUGCUGCUGGUGCUAGGGUGCAGCACCUUGAGCCUUCUCAUCCAUCAGGGGGCACAGCUCAGCAGCUGGUACCCCAAGCUGUUUCCUCUGAGCUGCCCGCCUCUGCGGGACUCGCCGCCGCGACCCAAGCAUAUGACUGUGGCCUUCCUAAAGACGCACAAGACUGCAGGCACCACCGUGCAGAACAUCCUGUUCCGCUUCGCGGAGCGCCACAACCUGACGGUGGCCCUGCCGCACCCGAGCUGUGAGCACCAGUUCUGCUACCCUCGAAACUUCUCGGCGCACUUCGUGCACCCGGCCACGCGUCCGCCGCACGUGCUGGCCAGCCACCUGCGCUUCGACCGCGAAGAGCUCGAGCGUCUCAUGCCGCCGGACACCGUCUAUGUCACCAUCCUGCGCGAGCCAGCCGCCAUGUUCGAGUCGCUCUUCAGCUACUACAACCAGUACUGCCCGGCCUUCCGGCGCGUGCCCAACGCGUCCCUCGAGGCCUUCCUGCGCGCGCCCGAGGCCUACUACCGAGCGGGCGAGCACUUCGCCAUGUUCGCGCACAACACGCUGGCCUACGACCUGGGCGGCGACAACGAGCGCAGCCCGCACGAAGACGCCGCCUACCUGGCGGGCCUCAUCCGCCAGGUGGAGGAGGUCUUCUCCUUAGUCAUGAUCGCCGAGUACUUCGAUGAGUCGCUCGUGCUGCUGCGGCGCCUGCUGGCCUGGGACCUGGACGACGUGCUCUACGCCAAGCUCAACGCGCGCGCCGCUAGCUCGCGCCUGGCCUCCAUCCCCAUGGCGCUGGCGCGGGCCGCGCGGGCCUGGAACGCACUCGACGCCGGUCUCUACGACCACUUCAACGCCACGUUCUGGCGCCGCGUGGCGCGCGCCGGCCGCGCCUGCGUGGAACGCGAGGCGCGCGAGCUGCGCGAGGCCCGAGAGCGCCUCUUGCGGCGCUGCUUCGGCGACGAGCCAGUGCUGCGGCCAGCUGCACAGAUCCGUACCAAACAGCUGCAGCCGUGGCAGCCCAGCCGCAAAGUGGACAUCAUGGGCUACGACCUGCCCAGCGGCCACGCCGGACCAGCCACCGAGGCCUGCCUCAAGCUAGCCAUGCCCGAGGUACAAUACUCGAACUACCUGCUGCGCAAGCAGAAGCGUCGAGGCGGCGUGCGGCCCCGGCCCGAACCGGUCCUGGACAAUCCCCCACCUCGGCCGAUCCGGGCGCUGCCCCGUGGCCCCCAGGGUCACUGAGCUCCAGGAGUCCGGCCUGGGGUUGUCUCCAGGUCCCGCCUCAUCAGGGCCUCUUCUUCCGAGAAGCUUGAGCCCCGCGCAGUACUUGGGAGUGCGUUUCCCUGUCUGAGCCCACCUCCCUAGAGUAGGCUGAACUCCACCUUUGGGGAGGGUGCUAAUAGGCCCGAUCGAGCCCCGGGCCACCCUUUCCUCCUUCCUAACUGGUUGGUGACUGACAAGAGGUCUGAGGCCCUUCCGGAAUUGUCCACCCAGCCUUUUUCGGGGGUUUGAACCCCCCACUUGUCUUUUCCAAGUGGAUGAGCCCAAGCCACAAAGAGAGGCUGAGCCCUGGGGAAAGGCCAUUCUGUCUACCAGCCUCUCCAGGCUCUUGCUCUUCAUCCAGGGGUCAGAGGUCCCCACACCGUCUGUCUUCCAGGGUCUGCCCUCGCCACAGACCUAAGCUGCUCCCAGACUCCCAGAACCAAGAGUUCUUGGA